AUGGGAGAUUACCAGUCUAAUUGUUGUCCCUUAGAUCUCUUCAUUGUAGGGUAUGUCCUACAUCAUUAUGGUACUAAUUCCACCCAUCAUUGUAGUACUAAUUCUUUAAAAAAAUGGAAAAAUUUUAGUAAUGACCAUUUAGAAUUUCAAUGGCCUUUUGAGGAACUUUUUCUCUCCUCUGUCACUUUCCUGGAUUUUAGACCAUUUGGGUUCAUUAUGAGCAGAACUCUAGAAUCCCCUGAUUCCAAAUCUCACCCUAACAAUGAACUGCUUUUAUUGUUUGGUAGAAAGAAACAGAAAACUAUCUCUCCCACAAAAAUGUUUCAGAGAUGA